GCAAUAAAUAACAUUUAUCGUCUACCGGCAUUGCCUAAAGAGAAUGAACCAACCAAAAACAAUUCAGUUCGGGUUUGGAAACUAGGUGAUAUAUUUUACUCUUGCUAUCAUAUUAUUCUAUUUGUAAGAUGGUGGAUCUAAAUCAAUUUUGGAUCAGUUUAAUAUCUAUCGGUAUUCCGUUGUUAAUACCGAUUAUCUUCUACCUGAUGGUACAAAACUACAAACGAACAUCGUAUUGGAAGAAAAGAAACAUUGUGUAUUUACCAGCGACGCCGCUGUUUAGUAAAAACAUAUUCGAUUCGUUUCUCAUCCGAUACUCGCUGCUUUCUACAGUUUAUAAACACGGUAAAGGAAAUGUGUGUUGCGGAUUUUUUCAGUUCCGAAAACCAGCCCUCUUGAUCAGAAGCCCUCAUGUCAUAAACUUGGUUCUUAAUCAAGAAUUCAGGAUUUUCCAGAACAAGAGACAGUCGGAUUACACAGAAGGGAACAAAGACCCGUUGUCACAACAUCUGUUAGCCCUCAACGGAUACAAGUGGAAAUUUCUCAGGGCUAAGCUGACGCCUACAUUCACAUCCGAGAAAUUGAAAAGUAUGUUCUCGCUGCUAGAAAUCUGCGUUCAGAAUUUUCUCUCUUAUAUCGAUGAAUCGAAAGACAGUCCGAUAGACAUCAUGGAGAUAUGUGGAAAGUUGUCGAUCGACGCCAUCGCCUCUUGUGCUUUCGGAUUGGAACUGCAAUGCCUUAAGAAUCGGAACCACGACUUUAUCAAGAUGGGGAAAGCGGCGUUUAGACCAGGAAACUGGCACAUGUUCAAAGCACACUUGAGAACCCUGUACCCACAGCUGUUCAAAAAGUUCAAUAUAAGAGCCUAUGGUAAGGAUGUCAAUGAUUUCUUUUGCUCGUUAGUUUCGGAGACGAUAAGGAGAAGGAGGAUGAGCGGAGAGAAACGUGUAGACUUCAUAUAUUUACUUAUGAAAAUGCUAGAAGAAGAUGAAGCAACUGUAACGGAAUUCAACAGGACAUCGACAAUUAAAUUCACCGAUGACCUGAUUGCAGCGCAGGCGUUUUCAUUCUUCAUAGGCGGUUACGAAACCACUUCGAUUACGAUGUCCUGUAUAUUUUAUGAGCUGGCUUGUCAUGAUGAAAUAAGACAAAAAGUCCAGAAUGAGAUCGACUCUAACCUAUCUAGUGAAUCUGAAAUAUCUUAUAAUGACCUCAAGUCAUUGGAAUAUUUAGACAUGGUAAUAAAAGAAGUUUUAAGACUUCACCCACCUGCGUUUUAUACCCAACGUAUUUGCUCCGAAGAUUUCAAGAUACCUGGAUCGGAUGUAACUAUUGUUAAGGAUAUGGAAGUUUACAUUCCAAUUUUGGAACUCCAUAGCGACGAAGAAAACUUUCCCAGACCUUUGGAAUUCAUUCCAGAAAGAUUCAGUCGUGAAAAUAAAAGCAGAAUACCUAAAGGUUCUUACUUGCCGUUUGGAGACGGACCGAGGAAAUGUAUUGGAAUGCGUUUUUCAUUGAUGGAACUGAAGUUAGUAAUGGCAAUAACAAUGCUGAAGUAUGAUUUUCAUCUCGAAAAAAAAACUCCAGAACAUAUAAAUCUUGAAGAAUAUUCAAGAAUAUACAAGAUAAAAAACAAGAUCUUUCUAAAAUUUACCAAACGAGUAAUUAGUUAGAACAAAAAAAAAAUAUAUUCAUACUGUAAAUGCUUAACUUCUGUAAUUAAAUUUUUUUUUAACA